ACCUCAUGCCCCAUUCUGCCUCUCCAAUGAUCCUGGCUGAGGGCAGGAAGAAGUGCUGGUUUUGUGGCACGUAUUUGAACUUUUCAUGUAGAAACUGAGCAGACACGCGAGGGAGAAGGAGCAUCCUUCACCACGCUCUGCCAACAGUUUAGCCUUUCAUUUUUGUUUGCUCGUAUCAGCCUUAAGAUGGCUUUCUCUAGACAGACAGACUGGACCUUGUUCACAUUACUGGAUCAACAUCAACUUUCCCUCAGGGAAGCAAUGGGAAAAACUGGUGCUGCCAGUGAUAGCUAUGAGAUAUCUAGCUCUGAGGUUCUCAGAACAAUCGAAAAUGUUAUUGAAGAUGCUAUCCUAUGUUUAUCCAGAAACGAAGCACCUGUUCUCAUCUUGAAAAACAGAUCAAAUUGGGGAAAUAUACAGUUUAAAGAUUCAGUAGGCUUGCAGAUGAACACCAACUGCACCACAAGGAAAAUCAGAAGUGACUGUCCCAAAUCAGCAACAACUUUUGCUCUGUUUCUUAAAAUAUUAUCUAUUAUCUACAAGAUGGUGCAGACAAACAUUUAUGCAACAAAAAGAGAUAUAUUUUACACUGAUACAACACAUUUUGGUAACCAAAGAGUUGUUGACGACAUUAUCACUGACAUUUCCUGUAUGCUCAAGAUACCUAGGAGGAAUCUACAUAUUCUGUCAACCAGCAAAGGGUGUAUUGCUGGUAAUCUAAGUUAUAUUGAGGAAGAUGGUACAAAAGUAAAUUGUACCUGCAGUACAACGGCAGCUGUAUCAUCUAAUGUUGAAGGAAUGAGAAAUUUGAUCACAGAUGCAAAAUUUAUUUUAAUUGUAGAAAAAGAUGCAACUUUUCAGAGACUGCUGGAUGAUGAUUUCUGCAAUACAAUGUCCCCAUGCAUAAUUAUUACGGGGAAAGGUGUACCAGAUGUGAAUACAAGACUUCUAGUCAGAAAGUUAUGGGAUUCUUGCCAUGUACCUAUCUUUGCCCUCGUGGAUGCUGACCCACAUGGUAUUGAAAUAAUGUGUAUCUACAAGUAUGGUUCUAGGUCUAUGUCUUUUGAAGCCCAUAACCUUACGGUUCCGGCUAUAAGAUGGCUUGGCCUUCUUCCGUCUGAUUUUGACAGGCUGAACAUACCUAAAAGUGCAUUGAUUCCAUUGUCUAAACAAGAUCAAAGUAAACUGGCCAGUUUGCAGAUGAGACCUUAUAUUGCUUAUCAGUCCACCUGGAAAAAUGAACUAGAUAUUAUGGCAACAUCUCAAAUGAAGGCUGAGAUUCAAGCACUCAAUUCUUUUUCAUCUGAUUAUCUUUCCAGAGUGUAUUUGCCAAACAAGUUGCAGUUUGGUGGGUGGAUAUGAAUAUUCAGAUAACCUUUCA